GCACUUCUCGUACAAGCUGCCCAAAGCAAAUAAUGUCACGCAACGCCCAACGACUCGAAUACGCCAACGUCUCCAUUCCUCGUUUCUUGCUACCUACGAUGCCCCUCGACGUGACGUGAUGCACACUACGACUGACGCGCUUUGCUUUGAUCUCCUAUUCCCAAGUUCUUCUUUCAGACAUCAAGUUAACCUUUCGCCCCAUAUCGCCGACGACAGAUCGCACAGUCUCACGGAUAACGGAAUUCUCUCUACAUCCCUAAUACCCCGGGUCCCGAAGACCGUAAUCGCACAGUCACAUACUGUUUCUUUCUGUCGAUUGUUUCCCAAGCCGUCCCCCGCUUUUUUUGCGUACAUAGUAGGUUUAAUGAAGGUGGUCUACACUGCAGUAGCCUCCGCUGCUUCCAUAUCCCAAUCGUUUAUUCUCUCAAGUAUCACUCCCUGUCUGAAUUUCAUUCACCCAUCCCCUCUCCACAUUUUCCUCCGAACAUCGCUACCUGCAUUCCCUCGCGUUCAUUGUUGUCUUUGCCGUUGGAUCGGCAUCUCUCAUAGUUCGUCAACGGCUCCGACGACCAAUUGCUCUUCUUACGACCUUUCAUGAUGAUGAUUUCCUUCUUGGUUUGGUUCUUCCUGUGCAAUUCCUUUUUUCCUUUGACAUUUGCUGUGCUUAUCCUCUGUCUGUCGAUCUGACAUCCCAAUUGUGCUCUUGAGUAGGUUGCCAUAGCUUUCCACUGAGUUGCUACAAAUGUAUGUAAGUAGUUUAUCAAGCCCCAACCACUCAGCAUAUUCCCC